AACGCUUUGACUUUUAACAGUCUGAUUAAUGGUCUUUGUAUGGCGGGCAAGAUUACGAAGGCCAUUGAAUUUUUUAGGAAAAUGGUUUCGGUUGGUUGUAGACCGGAUGUGGUUACAGUUGGGACUUUGAUUACUGGGUUGUGUAGAACUGGUAAUGUCACUGUUGCCCUUCAGUUGUUUGAAGAAAUGAAUAACGGGAAUGGUGAAUUUGGUGUCAUUUGUAAGCCUAAUAUUGUUUGCUGUACUACAAUUAUUGAUGGUCUUUGCAAAUAUGGGUUAGUAGGCAAGGCAAAGAAACUGUUUUCAGAAAUGAAGACCACGGGCAUUAAUCCAAACGUGAUUACUUACACCACUCUAAUUUAUGGUUUGUGUAAUACAUCUAAUUGGGAGGAGGCUAAAACUUUGUUUAUAGAGAUGUUGGAGGAAGGUGUAAAACCUAAUGUGGUGACAUUUAGCGUGGUAAUUGAUAAGUUCUGUAUCAAUGGAAAGAUGGACGAAGCCAAUGGGUUGUUCCAACUAAUGAUUAAUAGAGGUGUUUGUCCCGACAUAAUAACUUAUAACACACUUUUGAGUGGUUUUUGCUUGGCAGGUCAAAUUGAUGAUGCUAGAAGGCUAUUUGAUUCCAUGGCAAGUGUGGGGUGUAGGCCUGAUGUUUUUAGCUACAAUAUUUUGAUGGAGGGUUUAUGCUUGACAAAUAAAAUUGACGAUGCCAAGGAACUUUUAGCCUCAAUGUUGAGUAUGGGAUGCACACCUGAUGUAGUUAGCUACAAUACUCUGAUCAAUGGGUAUUGCAAGAAUCGAAAAAUUGAUAAAGCCUUGAAUCUUUAUGAGGAAAUGACUUCAGAGGGAGUUAGGCCAGAUGUUGUUACUUAUAGUACCUUGCUAUCUGGGUUUUUUAUGAACGGUAAUGUCAGACAUGCAAAAAAGCUAUUUGUUUCUUCAAAGAGUAUUCAGCAUAGACACCAUUGUUAAGCCUCUUCCACCUGCCAUGGCAUACAAUGUUUCCCGCAACCUGAAUUUCUUCACAAGGAUUUUCACACAGUUUUUUGAUCCUGAAGGCAUUGCUGGUGCACAGAAAUCCCUUGGGUUAGGACAGGAAGAAAAAGCUCGUCGUGUUCGUUGAGGAAUAGAAUUUAGAGAUGCGGUGAUUCCAUGUGGUUGUAAUUUUAACAGUAUUUGGAUUGUCAUAUUUUUAUGACUUUUGGCUUCCAAUCAAACUAAGAAUUCUGAAUGGAAUGACCUUAAGGGGGUGUUUGGUUCCAAUUUUU